CGCCCAGGAACGUCCAAGUCGCGUCCUCGCCCCUGCCGCGUCCCCCGUGCAGUCCCGCCAUGGCCGCACGCCUUCUCCUCGGGUCCUUGCGAGUCCUGGGCGGGCGCUGUGCACCCCGCGCGCUGCCCUCCGUGAGAUGUUCUCAUUCUGGAGGAGAAGGACGUCUAGAAACAUCUUCUGCAAAAAAAUUAACAGACAUAGGAAUUAGAAGAAUCUUUUCUUCAGAACAUGACCUUUUCCGGGAAAGUGUAAGGAAGUUCUUUCAGGAAGAAGUGGUUCCUUAUCACUCAGAGUGGGAGAAAGCUGGAGAAGUGAGUAGAGAGCUUUGGGAAAAAGCUGGAAAACAAGGACUGCUUGGUGUCAACAUUGCAGAGAAACAUGGUGGUAUUGGUGGUGACUUGCUCUCCACAGCUGUUACGUGGGAGGAGCAAGCAUAUUCAAAUUGUACAGGCCCAGGUUUCAGUCUUCAUUCAGAUAUUGUCAUGCCCUAUAUUGCAAACUAUGGCUCAAAAGAACAGAUUGAACGCUUUAUUCCCCAAAUGACCGAGGGCAAAUGUAUUGGGGCCAUAGCAAUGACAGAACCUGGAGCUGGAAGUGAUUUACAAGGAGUAAGAACAAACGCCAAAAAAGAUGGAAGUGAUUGGAUUCUCAAUGGAAGCAAGGUGUUCAUCACUAACGGGUGGAUGAGUGAUGUUGUGAUUGUAGUUGCUGUCACAAAUCGUGAAGCUCGCUCUCCCGCCCAUGGCAUUAGCCUUUUUCUGGUGGAAGAUGGGAUGAAAGGAUUUAUUAAGGGACGGAAGUUACAUAAAAUGGGAUUGAAAGCCCAGGAUACUGCAGAACUAUUCUUUGAAGAUGUUCGAUUGCCAGCUAGUGCCCUACUUGGAGAAGAGAAUAAAGGUUUCUACUACCUCAUGCAAGAGCUUCCACAGGAAAGGCUACUAAUCGCUGAUAUAGCAAUUUCGGCCUGUGAAUUCAUGUUUGAAGAAACCAGGAACUAUGUUAAGCAGAGAAAAGCUUUUGGAAAAACAGUUGCUCAUAUACAGACAGUACAGCACAAACUAGCAGAAUUAAAAACACACAUAUGUGUAACCAGAGCUUUUGUGGACAGCUGUCUGCAGCUUCAUGAGAAGAAACGCCUGGACUCUGCCUCUGCUUCCAUGGCAAAAUAUUGGGCUUCUGAAUUGCAGAACAGUGUCGCUUAUGAAUGCGUACAGCUCCACGGAGGCUGGGGGUACAUGUGGGAGUAUCCUAUCGCAAAAUCUUAUGUGGAUGCCAGAGUCCAGCCAAUCUAUGGUGGUACCAAUGAAAUAAUGAAGGAGCUGAUUGCAAGAGAUAUUGUCCGUGAUGCAUAGACAUCUACCACAGCACAGAGGCCUUUGAGAGCUAAUCUUGCUUUUAGAUAUUCUCAACAGAAAACAUAACCUGGAAAGGAGGGAAGCACUACAUGUAUUUUUAUGUGUGCUUUCUGUAGAGAAAAAAAAACUAACAUAAAAGAUGAACACAGUGGAAGGAGAAAUCUUUCUGACACCAAAGAAUGUAAAUUCUCCCAUAAAGACUUAAUUUUUUUUAUGUAGUAAGAGGUCAUAGAUUUUCUAAAGACUAGAAGCCUUAAUGUUUUGUUAAUCUCUAUAAAGUUCUAAAAAGCAUAAAAUGCUUAAAUCUUUAAAAUGGAGUCAAAUAAUCCUAUAUUAAUAUACAAUAAAACAUUGUACUACAGUAUUGGAUUUUGGAAGGGAAAAACAAAUAUCCCCUAGAAUGCAAAGUCAUUUCAGUUGCCUUUUGCUCCAAAUUCUGUAAGACAUUGGUUUUAACUGCUACUGUAACCCCCUCUUGCUGUUGUUAAGCAGUGAGUGGAACCCUUGAAGCAAAACACUGCACUAUACCUUAUAAAUGUAUACAACUAUUGUGUACCAAUUAAAAUAAAGUAAAACCUAACAAAAACAA